UUAAGCCAUGACAGGGUGUGGCUCACGUCAUAAAGUCCGUCAAUGGCCUGUGUCAGACAUCAGUGGGCAUCAGCACAAGACUGUGUUUCCUGACAAAUGUCAUGCCAAUGAGAAAGAGUUUGUGUUCGUUGUUGGCGAUUCACAUCUCAGAUCUUUUGCUGAUGGAGUUGUAAACAUGCCAGAGGGUCGGCUGUCCUUUGGUUUUAUGGCCACACCUGGAGGAGAUGCAACAGCGUUGCGUUUGGAGAUCUCCCAUCUUGGUGAUACUCCACGUACUCCGGAUGCAGUGUGCCUGCUUGCUCCGGGGAACAACAUGACCUCAAGUCGCACUAUUGAGGAGGCUGCCAGGGCCUUUGGGACUCUCCUCAGUGUUGCAUUGCAACACUGGCCAAACAAGGUGUUUGUGGUGGAUUUCCCCAUACGACAUGUACAUGCAACACUGGAGUACCAGCUUCUGCUAAAGCAGGAAUAUCACCGAGUUGCAGCAAAGAUGGGGGUGCGGUACUUCUCAACAAACAAUGUUUUCCAGCCAUCCAAAAGGCAUCUGUGGUGUCAGGAUUUGGUACACCUAAGUGAUGACGAAGGUAUGCCUCUCCUUGCGGACUUCAUUUGGAACACUUCAUACACCAUCCUGCACAUCCCUGUCAAUCCUGUACCACUUAGAGUGCAUCCUACACUCAAACGAUGCUUUCACAAAAACAAGAAGGAGCAUGGUACUUCAUCACAGCCACAGUGUAUUGAUCGAUCUCAAUGCUCAGCAACAUCCUAUCGGCCCUUUCCAGCUGUUAAAAUGAAGUAUGUUGACCAUGACCAAUGGACACAUCUGGUGCCUACUGUUCCAGAUGUGAGGAUGCAGGUUCGGGACCGGCGUCAUUGUAUACGUCAGCAUGCUGCCACAGGACUGUUUGUUGACAUACAGCAAGUACGUUUCUGUUGA